AACGAGUUAGCAAAGAAACAGUAACCAGGCGGUAAAUGAAAAUGUUAAUUUGAUGGUGCACAGCCUUUUUGUUUCUUAGAGGAAUUCAAAGAGCUUCACAAGCAUUAACCCCCGAUUAAGCGUAAUUUUGCAUUUCUGCAACAAAUCAAGCCAUGAGGGACGAAGGUGUCACCUCACAUUAGUCGGUGUCCCUCGCCCUCAGGGUGUUCGCUUUCGCACCUCCCGGUCCGUGCGCCACAGCAAGCGCCCUUCCGCCCCGGUACCGCUGCUAUAAACUUAUUCUAUGUUUGUUGCUAAGUCUUUCUCAGCCUCGGAAGGGGAGGCGACGACAGGACUCGACAGGACAGCUACGUGGGGUCCUCGCGCGCGUCCCACGUGGGCUCUAGUCGGAAUUGGAGCCGCAGUCCCAAAUCGUGAGUGGUGCGGAUAAUCGCGUCUAGCCGACGUCUCCCGCGUCUCGCGGGUGCCUUCUGCCUCCCGGUAGCCAUGGCAGCCGCUGAGGAUUUGCUCCUCAACGUUUUCGAAGCCCAGGCCGCCGCCCGCAAGACGUUCUUCAGAUCCUUCCGAGCCCAGACAAAGCGGCAAGCAAAGGCUACCAAAAGAAAAUACCACGCGCCCAGUGAGGCUCCCCCAGUGAAACGGAGGAGCAAAAUACCAUUUUUCCCAGCCAAGAAAACUGGUGUUACAGAAACUGAAAGGACUUUCAAGGGGAAGGCAAGAGAAACAUUUUCUCCAAAGAAGUACUCGUCUGGUACCAGUAAUGUAAACCAGGAGGAGAAACCGUGUAUUAAGACUUCAUCAUUGUUUAAAAACAACCCUGAAAUUCCAGAACUCCACAGAACUGCAGUAAAGCAGGUGCAAGAGAAAGUGUUUACUUCAGAUGCUUUUCAUGAACUGGACCUCCAUCCACAUCUAAUUUCCACAAUAAAUACAGUCUUAAAAAUAUCUAGUAUGACCAGUGUUCAGAAGCAAAGUAUUCCUGCAUUGCUGGAAGGCAGAGAUGCUCUUGUGAGAUCCCAGACGGGUUCAGGUAAAACUCUUGCCUACUGUAUCCCUGUGGUCCAGUCCCUUCAAGCAAUGAAAUCAAAAAUAAAGCGCAGUGACGGCCCCUAUGCUCUGGUACUGGUGCCUACAAGAGAGUUGGCUCUACAAAGCUUUGACAUUGUCCAGAAACUGCUUAAGCCAUUUACCUGGAUUGUGCCUGGAGUGUUAAUGGGCGGAGAGAAGAGAAAAUCUGAAAAGGCCAGACUCCGCAAAGGAAUAAAUGUCCUUAUCUCAACUCCUGGACGUCUGGUGGAUCAUAUAAAAUCCACAAAGAACAUUCAUUUUAGUCGGAUACGGUGGCUGAUUUUGGAUGAAGCAGACAGAAUCUUGGAUUUGGGUUUUGAAAAGGACAUCACAGUGAUACUCAAUGCUGUAAAUGCAGAAUGCCAGAAACGACAGAACGUCUUGCUAUCUGCAACACUCACAGAAGGUGUAACAUGGCUCGCUGAUAUCAGUUUGCACAAUCCUGUCAGUAUUUCUGUACUGGACGAAAGCCAUGACCAGUGUAACCCAAAGGACAAAGCAGCCCAUGAAGUCUCUCAGCCACAAGCUAGUGACAAGCUAGAUAGCUUUGCAAUACCAGAGAGUCUCGAUCAGCACGUGACAUUAGUUCCCAGCAAACUGAGGCUUGUCUGCCUAGCAGCCUUCAUUCUUCAGAAAUGCAAGUUUGAAAAAGACCAGAAACUGAUUGUCUUUUUCUCAAGUUGUGAGCUGGUGGAGUUCCACUACAACCUCUUCCUCCAGACCCUGCAGAGCAGCUCAGGGGCCCCAGCAUCAGGGCAGUUACCAUCUGCCUCCACGCAAUUAAAAUUCCUGCAGCUGCAUGGCAACAUGGAACAGGAGGAGAGAAGAGCAGUGUUUCAGGAAUUCUCACAUUCCAAAACAGGCGUCCUUCUUUGCACGGAUGUUGCAGCUCGGGGCUUGGAUCUCCCUCAAAUCACGUGGAUUGUUCAGUACAACGCUCCAUCUUCACCUGCAGAAUACAUCCAUCGGAUUGGAAGAACCGCCCGGAUUGGCUGCCAUGGGAGCAGCCUGCUCAUUUUGGCUCCUUCGGAGGCAGAAUAUGUCAACUCAUUGGCUUCUCACAAAAUCAAUAUUUCUGAGAUUAAGAUGGAAGAUAUUUUAUCUGUUUUGACGAAGGAUGAUUGUUUUAAAGGAAGGCGAUGGGGAAACCUGAAAUCCCAUGCUGUUGGCCCCCAGGAAAUCCGCGAGCGAGCCACGGUCUUGCAGACAGUAUUUGAAGAUUACGUGCACUCCAGUGAAAAGAGGGUCUCCUGGGCAAAGAAAGCUCUGCAGUCCUUCAUCCGAGCCUAUGCAACCUACCCCAGGGAGCUGAAGCAUAUCUUCCAUGUCCGAUCCCUCCACCUUGGACAUGUGGCUAAGAGCUUUGGGCUAAGAGAUGCUCCCACAAAUCUUAGUGUCUCAGCUCUAAAGAAGAAGAAAACAAAUCUGAAAAGGCCUGACCUUCAUAGGAAGACCCAGAGGAAACACCGCCUUGCUGAACUCUUGCUUUCUGAAUACUCAAGUGGGGUGGAGGCUGGCGUCACCAAGGUCGAAAAGCAGAACAAACAGGGAAAACCCGGCAGUCAGCCGCGGCAGAGCUGAGCUGCAGCCUGCACCCAGCCUUUGUUGUGGGGAAAAAACAAGAAACUUUCUCCAUGAAAUGUUGGAAAAACUUGAAACUUACCAGAAAGUUUUUUACACUCUGUCUCUACAGAACUGUGCUUCGGAGUGGCUCGUGGAGGCCUGGGUGGCACCAGAUUGGUGUCCUGUACUUGUCAAAGGAGGCUUGUGGAGAACAACUGCAGUGCUUUCAACAGAAUUCUGUGUCCCUCAGACCAUUGUAAA